GUGGGGCUUGGAGGCCCCACCCUCCCCGGAGCUGGCCCAGAUCCUCAUCUUUCUCUGAUUAUUUUGGCAGGCGGUGAGACGUUAAUCUUCCGCUCCUGGAGCAACUUCACUUCUUUUUUGUUCUGAGAGGAAGCCAAAAGAAGACCCCAAGCGGCCAUGAACUCUGCCAUCACCAGCUGUGAGCACCCCGAGCCCUUGCAGAGAGGUGAUGGUGUACUCAACUCCCAUGAAGGUGGCCAAGGCAGGAAGAAGGAUGGCCAGCCUAGGGGUCUCAGCAGUAGCCACCUGGCUUAUAGCAUCCUGGAUAUCCCACCAUGGUAUCUCUGCAUCUUCUUGGGGGUCCAGCACUUCCUCACGGCCCUGGGGGGACUCGUGGCAGUUCCACUCAUCCUGGCCAAGGACCUGUGUUUGCAGCAUGACCCCCUGACCCAGAGCUACCUCAUCAGCACCAUUUUCUUCGUCUCUGGCAUUUGCACUCUCCUGCAAGUAUUUUUAGGAGUCAGGCUGCCCAUUCUCCAAGGAGGAACAUUUGCUUUUCUGGCACCCUCCCUGGCCAUGCUGUCCCUUCCCACCUGGAAGUGCCCCACGUGGACACUCAAUGCCAGCCUGGUGAACACCAGCUCCCCUGAAUUCACUGAGGAAUGGCAGAAGAGGAUCCGAGAGCUGCAGGGAGCCAUCAUGGUUGCUUCCUGUGUCCAGAUGCUGGUGGGCUUCUCAGGCCUCAUUGGCUUCCUCAUGCGCUUCAUCGGCCCCUUGACCAUUGCUCCGACCAUCUCCCUGGUGGCCCUGCCUCUCUUCGAUUCUGCGGGCAAUGACGCCGGGAUCCACUGGGGGAUUGCCACCAUGACCAUCUUCCUCAUCGUGCUGUUUUCUCAGUACCUGAAAAACAUCGCGGUGCCUGUGCCUGUUUACGGACGAGAGAAGAAGUGUCACACCUCUAAGUUCUACCUGUUUCAGGUCUUCCCUGUGUUGCUGGCGCUCUGCAUCUCCUGGCUGCUGUGCUUCGUGCUCACAGUCACCAACGCCCUCCCCUCGGCGCCUGCAGCCUACGGGUACCUGGCCCGCACAGACACCAAGGGCGACGUCCUGAGCCAGGCUCCGUGGUUUCGCUUCCCUUACCCAGGGCAGUGGGGCCUCCCCACCAUCAGCCUGGCUGGGGUCUUUGGGAUCAUCGCGGGGGUGAUCUCCUCAAUGGUGGAGUCAGUAGGCGAUUAUUAUGCCUGUGCCCGCCUGGUGGGGGCACCACCCCCUCCGAAGCACGCCAUCAACCGAGGCAUCGGCAUCGAGGGCCUGGGCUGCCUGCUGGCCGGGGCCUGGGGUACGGGGAACGGCACCACCUCCUACAGCGAGAAUGUCGGCGCGCUGGGCAUCACCAGGGUAGGGAGCAGGAUGGUGAUUGUCGCUGCGGGCUGUGUGCUGCUCCUGAUGGGCGUAUUUGGGAAGAUCGGGGCUGCGUUUGCCACCAUCCCAACCCCUGUGAUCGGAGGCAUGUUCCUGGUGAUGUUUGGGGUCAUCACUGCCGUGGGGAUUUCCAAUCUUCAGUACGUGGACAUGAACUCGUCCAGAAACCUCUUCAUCUUUGGCUUCUCCAUCUACUGUGGGCUUGCUGUUCCCAACUGGGUGAACAAGAACCCAGAGAGGCUCCACACAGGUGAUUCUCCGUCCUCUAGACUGUGAUCACUCCAGGGGCAGAGCAGGGAUUCUCCAGUUGGACCAGGUCAUCCAGGUGCUGCUGACCACGGGCAUGUUUGUUGGUG